AUGGCUCGUCCACAAGACCCUCCACGAGGUUUCUUUCCCUUUGGAAACCCAUUCAAGAAUCUAUCAUCAUCAAAGAGCCCUCUUCUAUCUGCAAACCUUCUCUCACUGUUGAACAAUUUCGAAGCAAACUUGGCAGUUUCAAUCACAAAGCUUGUCCCAAAGCAAAAGACCGAAAUCCUGACUGUUUCAUGGAUGAAGCAAGCCAUGGAAUCUCUUUGCGAGACGCAUAACGGUAUCAAGACCCUUAUCACCGAUCUACAGCUUCCUGUAUCUGAUUGGGAGGAUAAAUGGGUCGAUGUGUACCUCGACAUAAGCGUGAAGCUUCUUGAUCUCUGCAAUGCCUUUAGCUCAGAGCUAACUCGUCUCAACCAAGGUCAUCUCUUGCUCCAGUUUGCGUUGCACAACUUAGACACAAACUCUCCUCAGAAUCUGUCCAAAGCUCAAUCAUCCCUCGACAGCUGGAGGCAACACAUUGCUUCCAAGAACCCGAGGAUCGAAAACUGCCGUGCGAUCUUGAGCAGCCUUGUUCAGACCUUGAAUCUCCCCAAGGUGAAAAACUCGGCCAAAGGAAAAGUCCUGAUGCGAGCUCUGUACGGCGUAAAGGUCAAGACUUUGUACAUUUCCGGUGUUUUCGCUGCAGCGUUCUCAGGUUCAUCGCAAAGUCUGUUGUACCUUACUGUCUCAAACGAGCUUCCAUGGGCACAGUCAUUCAUGGAAAUGCAGAACACAAUGAACUCAGAAAUCAAGAGUAUGUUUUUAUCCGACAGGUUAACGGUUCUGAAAGAGCUCGAGGCAGUUGAUUCGGGUGUGAAGAAGCUUUACCCUGCGAUCCAACAAGGGUCGUCAUUAGAUUCCAUUUCCAUGCAGCCAUUGAAGGACUCAGCCGCAGAGUUAUCGAAUGGGCUGGAUCUUGUUUCCAAGGAAGUCGAUUGUUUCUUCAAGAUUCUGUUAUCGGGGCGAGACACGUUACUAGAGAACCUGAGGUCGAUAGGCGCAUCAACGGCACUGGCAACGUCACCAAGAAAGGCUGCCGGAAAAAACUACAGAGGGUUCUGA